AUGGCUGGCGUCGUCCCCUCUUCCCGAGAUCACCCAAGUCUCUCUGUAUCCGCCAGCAUGCGCACAUUCUCGGUGAAGAUCGACCCGGAGUGAUCGAUUACUGCGCCAUCUGCCACGCACGCUGUCCCCAUCCCGCAGGCGUCUGUGGCAACGCUGAGCUCCCUUGCAAAUCGAUCAGCGAUGCCACGACAUCGGUGGUAGACUGCGCCCACGCUUUCCCGCAGACUCCCCCCCCCCGUCUCUAUGAUGUUGACUAUCGGUCACGUUGUGUGCGGCAGUAAGGUCACGGUACCGUUCAUGACAGUGCGCGCAGCUAAGGAGGUACUCGCGCUUCCGCCGCCGAUUCAUGGCCUCUACCGAAAAGUGGACAAUGCUCGGCGCUCACCGAACCAAAGAACAGGCGCCCUCGUCACCUGCGGCAACAGCGAACUGGUAGCAGAGAUCGUUGGUGUCUCUGUGAACCCCGACUGCACCUGGACCACAGAAAAACUGAAUUUAAUGUGUUUGCAGCAACGUGAGCACCUGCGCGGACAGCGCCGCAGCUCUCAUGCACCGGUGCCGGUGAGGAUGAAUAAUCCUGUGGCAACACCUCUGAAUGAUGGCGAUUUGGAAUAGAGGGAAACGGAGAGUCCCGCCGACGCAAGCGCUGCCGCACCAAUUGUGCGGGCCGAUGUGGCUAACAUCCUAUCCGGCCUAUGUGCGCCCUCCAUCCCUCAAGCGAAGUACAUCCGCAGCGUCUUCCAGCACCACAUGAGCGCCCUCCAAAGGCGCAUCAACACGUCUCCUACAAAGGUGGUAGCUCCAGCUCUUGUGCACGCUACCACGACACUAGAUGAGCUGUCAGAAAGCUACCGCGGCAAGCGUCGCCCGAGGCACAUGGAUAAGUCCGCCUCCAAAAAGGCGUCGACACCCACGACGGCUCCAACCGCCACAUUUCCGCCUCCCGGGAAGCCCCUCACAUACGAGGGUCUUGCGCAGAACCCCCUCCUGCUGACUGCCAAGUAACGCACUGGCCAUCGCGCGGAGCUGCUGCGCCAACGCAUGCUGUCCAAAGAUGUCUACAGGUAG